UGUUUUCUUCGGACUGGUGAAUUAGAAUCGCUGCAGAUGCCGGUGUCCAUGGAGGUUCUCUUGCCGCGCAAGUUAUGCUCUCCGAUGAUCAGGUGCACUUUGCCGCCAACAUUUGAUAAUCAUCGCGGGUCUGCCCUGGACUUUAACUGCUGCGGGGAUUCACAGUGUGAGGAUAAUGUAGCCAUCUGUAUUUAUCAAAGUUAUUAAAGCCUCUCUGCUACAAUGACUGUGUGGUGGAUAUGUUUCUGUUAUUGACACACAUUGUCAGUUGACAUACUUCACAAAAAUUCCAUUACUUUGUCUAUGGACCAACAAGUCCGGGAGUUUAUAAGUACUUGUCCUGUACCUGUAACACCUGAUAGUGGAUCUGGCCCAGGGCCGGGCCCCGUGCCUGGUCAUGGGCCGAGUCCAGGCCCCAGCGGUCUACAAGCGCCGACAGCUGCAACUGUUGUACCAUCAGCAAGCAACAGGAUUCUCUCAAGGAAUGCUAAUGGUACAAUAGCUAUGACGUCUCAACCUACCAACGAAUCUGAGCUUCAGCUGUACCGAGUACUUCAACGGGCAAAUCUGUUGUCUUACUACGAUACCUUUAUCUGCCAAGGUGGUGACGAUGUGCAACAACUUUGUGAAGCAGGAGAGGAGGAAUUUCUAGAGAUUAUGGCGUUGGUGGGGAUGGCCAGCAAACCUCUCCACGUCCGCAGGUUGCAAAAGGCGUUGCAGGAAUGGGUCAACAACCCAGCUAUGUUUCAGACUCCGUUGUUGCCUACUGUUCCUCAGAGUCAUUCUCCAUAUCCAGUGAGUCCUGGACCUCCCGUGGUCAGGCCGGGACCCCUGAACCUUUCUCAGCCAUCUCCAGUCACAUCAAUGCAGCCUAGUCCUCCUAUGCCCAUUUUAAGUAACAGCAACAGUCAGUCUUCGCCUUCACCUGGUGCUAAAGAUGCUUCUUCCCCUCAGCCUCCAUCAGCUCUCACUUUUCAGCAGGCUUUAGGAGAAUACCCGCAGGCUCCGGGUUCUCCGACAUCUCUGACCCCUGUUCUGGUCGACAGUCAAAUUCAGCGGCUGGCUGAAGCUGCAGAUCUUCUGGUCAAAACUCUACCACCUUUCGAUCCUAAACCUCAGAAUAAUAAAAAGAAGAUUUGCAAAGAUUUAGAAUAUGUGAUGAACAUGCCGGAGGAUGAUCCCAGGAGGAUGGACGAAAUACGAAAAUAUGCCGCCAUCUACGGAAGGUUUGACUGCAAGAGGAAGCCAGAAAAACCGCUUACUUUGCACGAGGUAUCCGUAAACGAAGCAGCUGCUCAAAUAUGCAAGCACAUCCCAGCGCUCUUGACGAGGAGGGAUGAGCUUUUUCCUUUAGCUAGGCAGGUAGUCCGUGACAGUGGCUACCAGUACUCCAAAGGGCAUUCAAGAUCUCAGUGUUACUCGAAAAAUUUCGAUGAAGACUCUUGCAAGAGGUUAAGGUUUGAUGGAAGUCCUGGGGCCAUACCAGACCCAAAUCAAAUGGAAGAAGAGAGGAAGAGAAGGCAGGACAGGCUCGAAGCUGUAACGGAGCAGAUAAAGUUAUUGGCUGGCCAACAACAUGAUCUGAAAACAGGCCUUCAGCAGUCGAGGGACACUCAUAACGUGGCUGCCGUCGGCCAGAUCCAAAACCAGCUUGACCAUCUUGCCGCCCAGCACUAUCAAUUAGUAAAUGAACAAAGUGAACUCAGCAGGCAGUUGAGGAGGUUAGACAGGUACUUCUCCGAGUACAGAUACGGAUUGCGAUCAUCUUGUUCUGAAAAUGAUAAAGUUGAUACAGAUGACACAGAUUCACAGUUUUCUGUAUAUAGUUAUGAAUCAUCUGCAAGUAUUGGUCACGAUGCAAAUGAAUCUCCUUCACAUGACUCUAAUAUGUCUGUUCAAACAAAUGAUGGUUAUGGAGGUUUAAAAAGUGCACAGGGUAAAAAGGCAAACUCUCAUAUUACUAAGCAGCUUGUUCAAGAAACUCUAAUGGAUGAAGGUCUUAGGGUUGUGAAAGAAUUAGCAAAUCAAAUUAAAGAUGAGACAGAUAUAAACCAUAUGUCUGUACCAAAGCCAGAAAGCAGACCUAGGGGCCGUCCACCAAGAUUAGAAAGAGACUAUAUAUUAACUACAGCUGGCUCAACUACACCUAAACAUUAUACUGAUAUAAAUAUAAGUAAUGUACGAAGUGCAACUACCCCGGUGACACCCAUUCAAAAUGGACACAGUCCGACAUCAGUCGGUGUGCCUUCAGACAAUGAGAAUUCUUUAUGUCACAAUGGAAUGAUCUUAAACCUGAGAUCAAAUCAAGUAUCUGACAGGAACAAUGUUUCUGGAAAUAGUACUGAUGGUAAUCAUUCUAUUGUGGAAAUGCAGGAUGAUGUUGUAAGCAAUGAAUCAGAAAGCAGCCUCAAAGCCCUUCUUGCCUUCUCUCAAAAAGGAAUAAAACAGGAGCCACCAUCACCUAAUAGUUUGAAAAUGGAUUGAAUGAUAUUUUUGUUAGAAUAAGCUGAAGUAUGUGAUAUUUUCUGUAUUAUCAUUGCACCUGCCAUUUUCAUUUAAGGCACAGAACUGAGGUUACUGUGUUUUUCAGAGAGCUAAGCAUUAGCAUCAUACUUUCCACCCCUGUAUUAUAUAUAUGACAACUGAAUGUACUUCAGCAAAAAAAUAAAAAUUUUAAAAGAAGGAAAAUGUAAAAAUUAUAGGUUAAAUGUGGAACAUAUGACCGAUGUGUGAUGAAUACAGUUAGCAGUAACUGCUGAUGUGCAAUAUGUAAGUUAUGUACAGGCAAUAGUGGUAAAACCACUUUUAUUGGUAUAUUCCCUGCCCAUCAGUCUAUGUUGUGAAGUUACAACAAAGAUAUGAAAAAGUCUGUGAUUUUUUUCGUUAUCCAUUAGCUGUGAUGGACUGCUGCAGGUGUGACUGCAUGGCGGCCAGUAUAAAAAGUAAAAGUUAAGAGCUCCAAAAAAUUUGUGUUCAAUAUAUAAACAAAAAGGGUCCUUGACCUCCAUUUUUUGCCAACCCAGGUCAUCCUUGCAUUAAAAGAAUGUAGCAUAAAAAUAUAGUUGGUCAUCUCAUCAAUAUUAAUAUUAGAACUUAAUUUCUCAGUCAGUGAAAUUUUAUUUUAUGCCUUUAUCUAAAAUUGUCUCAAGAAAUCUUUCCUGGGCUGUUGUGUGGUGCUUUCACUGACUGUUUCCAACUUUAUUCACAUCAGCUAAUUAAUACAGAUUUAAUAUCAAAUUGUCAUUUUUUACUUGAUUUUAUAGCAUAAUUCUGAUGGCAGUGUACUAAAAGAAAUUUUAUUUGUUUAAGUAAAUCAUUAUAUUUUAAAUACUCAGUUUGAGUUAAAUUGUUUGAUAUUUCUUUGUUUGAAGUAGAAAUUGCAUUGAGUAGCAUUAUUUACUAGUCAAACAUUUAUAAUUAUUAUGUUAUUGCUACUUAAUUCUAUGUAAAAUACAUGUAUUUUACCUUUUAUAGGACACAUUUAAUUAUGAAUAUUAAUUAAUGAUGCAUAACAGCCAUUGUGCAUCUUGUAAUUUUAUUUUUAAUUUUUCUUACAUACUACCCAGAGAAGCAAUUUUUUAAUGUAUAAUUUUUGUAUAAUUUUUUAAUAAUUUAUAUGUAGUACCUUUAAAAAUUAGUUAAAAAUACAUGAAUAAGUACAUUAGUUACAUAUUGUGUAUAUUUAAUUAAAACAUUUUAUUUUCCCAAAGACACUACUCUCCCCACCCAAAGAUUAUUAAUCAAGUAUGUGUAGUUUAGUACAUAGUAGUCACAGUGAAGCAAUUUUUUAUAGUGUCAAUAGCAGAAAUAUCUGACAAAUAUGUGACCAAGAUUUGCAAAAUCUUAGUCACUUACUUUUUGUUCAGUAAAAUAUUUAAUAAAAUUGCGUUAAAGCAUCGAAUACGUUUCAAAAAAUUUUUUUUUAAGUUUAAUGUGUUUUCUUGUCAAAUUUUGUUUGUAAAUCUUCAUUUUCAUAUUUCGCUACAAUUUAAAAAAAUUCAGCUUCCUUUUGAUUUGAUAUAAGUACAUCAUUCAUAUGAAUUAUGUAAAAUAAUUUCAUUUGCUACUGGAUAAAUUAAGUAAUAGCUGCGUCUGUUUUUUUUUAAAUGUAUUAAAAUAAGAUUGAAUAAUGUGUUCAAAUUUUAAAUUUGUUUUAUUUUAACAAUAAAAAUUUUUGUUAAAAUUGCUGAGGAGUACUUUUUGAAAGUUUGAAACAGUCAAACUACUUUUAUUUUCCUCUUUAAAUAAGCAGCUAAUGAUUUCCCCCAGUUAAAAACUCGCAUAACACUUUUAAGUGUGCCAUAACAAAGAAAAUACAGAAUUCUUCAUGUAAUAUUUUAGCAAAGAGGUCUACAGCAGAAACAUAUAGCUUUCUCUGUUACAGAAAAAAUACAUUGACAUAAAAAUAGAAAUUUUAUUGUCAUAAUAUGAAAAUAUUGUAGGUGCAGUAAUGUUUUCUAAUUUAUAUACUAGUAAUAUUUUAACUGCCUUUGGAAAAUAUGUAAGUUCAGAAAGCAGUCCUUUAAGUACUUAAGGGUAGUUGAUAGUCUUGAUGAAGAUCAAAUUGUUUUACUGCACACAUAUGUUUGAUAAGAUUGUCUCAGUUUCAAACAGUUAGAAUCAUUUUUAAUAAGUUACAUUAAAUAUGGCACAAAUAAAUUGAAACCAUGUUUGAUUUUUGAAAGUUUAAAGUUUUGGCCUUGCCAAAGAAUAAAAAUAUCCUGGCUAUGGUCUUGUCUGUUUCUGUGUAUAAAGAGUAUUUUUGAAUAAUAAAGAAAAAAAUAAAAAGAUUAUUAUUUGCAUUUAUCUUAGCAGAAGUUAUACAUUUAGCUUAAGAAGAGUAUUUGAAUAUAGUGUACAAAACUGUAAAUUUACUGUUGUUUCAUAUAUUACAUUAUUAAUUAUCAGGCCUUUUUUCCCCUGUCUCUGUACCCUUAAGUUUUUUAAAAGGACACGAUUUUGAGCAAAUAUUGUUACUUAUCACAGAAACAGGGACAGUUAAAAACAAAAUUAUUUAGCAUUUAAGAAAAACUAUUUCUAAAGAAUUUUAAAGUAUGCAUUAUUUGCCUUAACAAAUGUAAAAUAUACUAUGCAUUUAAGGCUGUAGAUUAUGGAAAGCUGUAAUUUUGAAAAGGUUGCUGAGUUGACUGCUUGAAAGCACAUUUCCUGUUUCAUUUAAGUUUAUGAUUUGUUACAUUAUUGGUCCUACCUUGUUUGGUUUCUUCCAAAUAUGAAGCUUAAUACAUUAUUCUUAAACUAUCAAAUCAUUUUGCAAGGAAGAAAUUUCAAUGUUAUUUAAUCUGUCUAAUUAAAAAAUGAUGACAAAAUACGUAUUGUUUGAAAGUGUGGUAAUAUUUUAUUGAUAUAGGCUUUUUCAGUAUGGUCACUUACCCUUUAUUUUUUUACUUUUGAAACAAUUUUAUAUAUAUAUAUGCAAAUACCUCAAAUUUCAACACCUGCAUUUUCAACCAGUGUGUAAUACAAAAUUUGAUUCAAAUAUUAAUAUUUGUGCAAGAAUGUUAUUCUUUAUUGGCAGCGUAAAUUGCCUUUUAAUUCACAUAGUUAUAAUAAUUAGAAACGGAAUUCCAUAACAAUCAAAAUUAUCCUUAUAAAUAUUGUAAAAAGCUGUCAUAAAACAGAAAAAGAUAAGAUUCCUAAGUUUUGCUUAUCAUUUAAUAAAUUUAUUUCUGAAAAUCCUAUAUGCACAUCAGUUGUAAGCUUUUGCUCUUUAAUCUUCAAAGGAAGACUUCUUAUAAGCAGUUCUUUGUUAAUUUAAUACUAAUUUUGUAUUUUCAAAUUCUUUCUAUAUUUUUGUUUAUUUAAAUUCUUAAAUUAUUAUCAGUUGAAGGAAAAAUGACCUCUAAAGAAAUUUUUCAAUAGUGUUAUGUUCUCUAUCAAAUUUUAGUUAUGCAAAUCAUACGUUUAUUUUCCCAUCAUAUUUCUUUUAAAUGUAAAGCUAAAACUUAUGUACUUGCACUGACAUUUGAUAAGUAUUAAAGUAAAUGAACAUUAGUGGUCGUCUAGUUGCUAUUUUGUUAUUUGUAUAGCUGUUAGCUGAAAACAUUAAAAAGUACUGUAUUUACUAUGUUCUUGUUUCUGUGAUGAUAAUUUGCUAUCAAAUGAAGGAUCAAAGAUGCUUAUUCCUUUCGUAUUGUUUCCUCUCAAUACUAAAUUUAAUGUAACUAAAAUAUUAUUUAAAGAUUGCAUUCUUUCUGUAUUCACAAGUUGAUUGUAUAUAGUUGGAAAAUAAGGACAUGAAUUUCGACUUAAUAACAACUUGUACAGUUUCUAUACAGCAUCUAUUUUGGAACUCAAACUAAUUUGUGAUAUUGUUAAUAUGAAAUGUUCACAUAAAGUAGCAAAAAAAUUUCAUGUGAUAUAAAUACAGUGAUUCCAGUGAUGUCUUUCUUUGUGAGUUGUGGACAACAUUAUUUGGUGAUAGAUUCAUAAGUACAUAGUGUUAGAGUUUUUUAUGUAUUAUUGUUUAGAAAAAAAAGUUUUAUAUGUGUCUUUUUUAUAAUUAUUUUCACAGAUAAAUAUUUAGUUUGCAUCUUAAUUUUGGUGUGUUUGAUCAUGCUUUGUUUUCACUUUCUUUCCUCUGUAAAUUAUCCAUUCUCUUAAUUAUAUCAUAUUUUUGUAAUGCAAUAGCAUUGCUGGGAAAAUAAUUUUACUGAAAUGAAAGCAAGAAAAUUAUUGCAGACUUGUAAGCCAUUGUCUAUAUGUCUUGUCAUCUGAAAUUUGUUAUUGUCAAAUACAGUCUUUGUUUAAAAAACAGAGGAAUGUGUAUCUUUUUAAUGUGUAUCUUCCUUACAUUCUACAUUCCCUUUUGUAUGCAUUGUUUUACCUUUCUGAAACAUAACACAAGGCUUAUGCAAUUUUUGUCAACUCAUACAUAUACAGGCACAGUAAUAAAACAAAUUGCGAUAUGAAUUUGAAUAUUUAAAAA